AGUCACCAGAAGGAAUCUAACCCCAAAGAUGAGCCUCGCAUGUGAAAUCUUAGCCAGCUUCCUUCUGAUUUUCACUAUUUCCACUGAAGGUGCAGGACAAAAUUCUGAAAAUACUAAGGUCAUCUGGGGUCCCCUGGAUCAUGACAUCAACCUGGAGAUUCCUGAUUUUCAAAUGAAUGAGAUGAUAGCAGAUAUACGGUGGGAUAGAAAUGAAACCAAGGUUGCACAAUUCAAAAAAGACAAGCCACCUUACCAGGAUACAGACACAUAUGUGAUGCUCAAAAACGGAACUCUGAAAAUUAGAGCUCUGAAGAGAAAUGAUAGCGCUCUCUACAAGGUAUCUGUAUAUGAUUUGGAUGGAAAAAACACGCUGGAGAAACUAUUUCAUUUGAAGAUUCAAGAGAUGGUCUCAGACCUUGAAAUUACCUGGAAUUGUACCAACAGAACCGCGACCUGCAAGGUAGCAAAAGGAAGUGACCUCAGUUUAAAACUGACUCUAAAUGGGACCCGUAAGCAAGAAAGUGGUACGUUUGUCCAACACAAGUGGAACAGCAAAUGGACUGUAAUAUCGGCGAAGUGCGAGGCGAGUAACAACGUCGGUCAUAAAGUGAAAGAGAUGAACUUCAGCUGCUCAGGGGACAGUACCUUGGCACACGAAGAAUCAGGCAUUUGUGGUCCAGGAGAGCAGUUCUCCAAGGAGCCUUCUGAGAGGACUUAUCCUGGACUCUGGACCCCUUCAGGGAGAGGGCUGGAUAUGUACCUCAUCGUCGGCAUUUGUGGAGGAGGCAUUUUCUUCCUUGUCCUCGUGGCACUACUCAUUUUCUACAUCAGCAAGAGGAAAAAACAGAGCAGUAGGAUAGAUGAUGAGGAGCUGGAGAUAAGAGGGAAGCCAGUGACCCCUGAGGAAAGGGGCCGGAGCCCCUACCAAAUUCCAGGCUCAACUCCUCAAAAUCCAGCCAUGUCCCAAGCUCCUCCGGUACCCGGUCAUCGUCCUCAGGCACCCACUCAUCGUCCCAGGCCUCCUGGCCCCCGUGUCCAGCACCAGCAGAAGAAGAGGGCUCCUCCUACGCCGGGCACACAAGUUCACCAGCAAAAAGGCCCUCCCCUCCCCAAGCCUCGAGUUCAGACAAAGCCUCCCAUGAGGCUGAAGAAAACUCAUAACUCUGUCUUCUGACACAGCUGUCCCCUUCCUUAAUUAAAAGAGAUUAAAAACUGUCCUUUCCUGUCAAAGGCACUGCGGAAUUUCUCCGCUCCAGGUGUGCAGGCCCACAUUUCCAUCAAGUGUGCUCUACAAGCAGACCGUGAUCUCCUCCCCAGCCCGUGAACCGCAGCCAUGUCUGCACCGUCUAACGCGGCCAGGUGGUCUAACGUGGCCAGGUGGUCUAACGUCUGGAGUCUCUGGCCUCCUCACAAACCUCCACCUCACCAGGAAGGGAAAAACAAUAAAAGUGCACACAUUAGGAUGACUGAUGAUCCAGCACAGAAUCCCAGCCUCCUUCUCAGAGCACGUGCAGGUGUCAGAUGUCAAGCAGCUGCUGUAGCCAUGUCUCACAGCAAGCAGCUUCCUGCUUGAGAUACUCUUGGUUUUCUCAUAUGCCCGGUGGACACUUGCUCACCAUGUCGGGAGUAGAAGUGAAAUAA